GUCACUGUUGGGCAAAAAAAUCAGAGAUACAGUGAGACGAUGGCAGUGAACAGGAUCCACUGGUGUGGCAGAGAUCAGGGACACUUUAUGAACAGGCACACUGUAAGGUGAUCAGGGACACUGAUUGGGCCACUGUAUGGUGAUCAGGGACACUGCUGGCGAUCAGGGACACUGCUGGACCACUUGUGCGGUGACCAUGGACACUGCUGGGCCACUGCGAUGAUCAGGACACUGCUGGGCCACUUGUGUGGCGAUCAGAAACACUGCUGGGCAACUGCAGUGAUCAGGGACACUGCGGUGAUCAGGGGCACUGCUGGACCACUUGUCCGGCGAUCAGGGACACUGCUGGGCCACUUGUGUGGUGAUCAGGAACACUGCUGGGCCAAUGUGGGGAUCAGGGACACUGCUGGGCCAAUUGUGUGGUGAUCAGGAACACUGCUGGGCCA